AUGCUCAAUUUCUAUAAGGCUAAAGCACCAAGCAUUAGAUUUUCCUCUCUCUAUCUAGACAAAGGAGAAGAAGUUCUUGAUAUUCAACCUAGUACAAACACCUAUGUACAGGUCAGCAGUAGUGAAUCGGAGCAUCCGAGAGGCCACUUGAUCUUGGCAACCAAGUCCAUCAUGUUUUGCCCUGAUGAUUCAUCCUUGCCAGUCUAUCGUAUUUCCAUGAAAGAUGUUUCAAAUAUUAAGAAAACAACCUCCAAGUCCUUUUCCGUGAAAUGUUCUCUUUUCGCAAUCACAACAGCUAGAGUCUGUUUGAUCGAUAGCAAAGAUCAUUCCAAAGUAACGAUUACCAAAAUUGUGGUUGGAGUUCACAAAGAUUCCUUCAAUACUGUCAUGGAUUUGCUAGAUAGAAUGCAACGCUUGACAGCUGCCGAAAAGAGCAAUGAUGAGGCUCUUUCCAAAACUCUUCUCUCUGAAUUACUGGAAUUGAGCGAGAAAAACACACCUUUCAAGACUGAAUGGCUCAUGGAUGAGCAAGUACAAACCACACUUCCAGCAACCAUGUGUGUAUCCUUUGAAAGAGCACGAGGCAAGUUUAUUGUUACCGAUAAGCGUAUUUACUUUGUUGCAAACAACUCCUUCGCCGGAGAGCCUCGCAUCAUGAAAUUGUCUUCAUCGAGCGUGUUGUCCAUGUCCAAAACUCAGUACUUGCAAGGUCAAAAGGGGCUAAUCUUGCAUUUGCACAACGAGACCUCUUGCCUAUUUAUCUUCACCAACGAAGAUCAACGAAAUCAAAUUCAUGACAAAAUUGCACAGAGCCAAGUGAAUCUAUUAUCAAACGAAGAAUUACUUCGAAGAGAAGAGCAAUUGUGGGUGAAUGGUCAAAUUUCUAAUUUUGAUUACCUCUCAACAUUGAACAGAGUGGCUGGAAGAACUCAAAAUGAUGUGCAUCUUUAUCCAAUUUUCCCAUGGAUUUUUGCAGACACGAGUAGUGAAUCACUGAAUUUGGAAGAGCCAUCUUCUUUCAGGGACUUGGGAAAACAUGUAGCGUGCCUCAGUGAACAAAUUACAAGCAAACUGGAGAGACCACUUUGCAACAAUUUCUGUUUGAAUUACUCGUCUGCAAUGAGCUACCUUGUUCGACCUUACCCUGACGUUAUGAUUCAUUUCAAUGAUGGAAGAUUUAUGGAGGGCCACCAAUUACUCAAAUCAGUAGAAACCACUUGGACCAAUAUUCUUAAUGGCAAGGAUCCAAAGGAAGCAAUUCCCGAAUUAUACGACGGCAAUGGCUCAAUAUUGGUAAAUUCAAAAGGACUACCAUUGGGAGGUACCGGAGAUGUAGAGCUCCCACCAUGGGCAAUUGAUGCCAAAGAUUUUGUUCUUAAGGCUAAAGAGGCACUCGAAUCUGAAUAUGUCUCCAAGAAUUUACACAAAUGGAUUGAUCUGAUGUUUGGUGUGAAUCAGAACCAUUCAGAUUAUGGACAAGUGUAUCCAGAGUCUUGCUUUUCAUCGGAUCAACCAUUGAACGCUACUACAGGUAUUGCUCCAUCUAAACUUUUUGACCAGCCUCACAGACAGCGUUGUACCAAGCUUGAACGCGCUUGUGACGAAGUUGCUCACGAAAAAGAUGUAAUUAUCGAAGAUUUAAUGCUAAAACUCAAAAACGCCAAUGAACGAUUACAAGAAAUCGAGAAAAUGAAACAAGAGUUGCAAGAUCAAACUCCAUCUUCUCGACACAAUGAAGAAAUUCAAUUAGAAAUUUUAAGACUCACCGAAGAGAAUCUAGCCCUUAAACAAGACGUUGAAUCGUACAAGACUCAAAUCGAAACCUUGAACGCUGAACUAAAGGAAGCAAAGAAGCAAAAGCCUCCUGUUGUUGUACACUCUCCUCCAACACCAAGCAAAGUAUCAACCAAACCUGAAGACAUCAAACUAACCAACAAGUACAUUGCUCAAUUGGAAAAGGACCUAGCCCAAAGUAGAAAGGACGAGCAACAGCGAGUAUCUGAGUUAGAACAAACUCACCAGGUUCUUCUCAAGUAUAUGAAUAAGUACAAGGACACUAAAGACAGAGCUGACAAGUAUUGGAAGAAAAUUUGUGAGCUUAAGACAUUACAACAAGAGGUUCAUGAUUUGAAAGUUUUACUGCAACAAUUUGAACAAGAGGACCUUGCAAAGGAAAAACUCAUUACUCAACUUCGAGACAUGAAUAAGAAGCAAGAUGAAGAAAUCAAGACACUCAAAAUUGAAGUUCGACAACACUCCAAUUCUCUCAACACUAUGGGAAUUGCGUUGAGCAAAGGUAUCGCAUCGGAUGCAUUAAAUCUAUCUGUCGAAGAACUAUUGGGCGACACUGCCAGCAUUUCAUCUGUGAGAGGCGGAAUGGAUGAAAACUUGGAAGAUCAAUUAGCAUUCCAAAGAAAUUUGUAA